UUCCACUUUGCUGUCGUUUCGGGGUUUAAUUCGGUCUGAUCGUACUCCUGACAUGUCUGCCAGGUUUUCACACCGUGUGCUGUGGCUGGCCGCGCUGGUCUGGUUUACCGUGCCGGCUCAGAGUUACCUCCGGACGGGGGGAGCCAGGAAGGUGCGCCGGAGAAUGUGCAUCGUGGACAGGAUUCCCGUCCAGGAGGACUUCAACCUCGCCAAGUUCGGCGGAAAGUGGUACGAAAUCGCCCGGGUCAGACAUCACUCCUUCCGCGGCCAUCCCGACUUGGUGUCGAUAGGGGGCGCUUUCGUGUUCAACGUCAAGCCCAACGGCAGGGACGCCUCCGUCUCGUACUUCGGAAAACUUGACGGUCGGUGUCAGCUGAUGAUCCCAGGCCGUCUGAUGACCACCAGUUACGACCCUCCCGCCAAACUCACCUACAAGUUCGCCGGGUUCAACUACCCGUUCGACGAGGGUGACCUGUGGAUCUUAGACACAGACUACCAGAACUACGCCCUACUCUACAACUGUCUGGUCAGGAACUCGGACGGGACCUGCCGGAGGAACAUGAACCUCGCCUGGAUACUCAGUAGAAAGCCCACCCUCCCAGCGGAGACUCGGAAACGGCUGGACCAGAAGCUGUACACCGUGUGUGUCAUUCCGUACAACCGCCUCACCAACACACCACAUAACGGGGAUGACUGCUCGCCAUCUUUGACGACGUCUACUCCGGCCAUCCCAACAACUACAGUACACAUUCCUUCAACAACAACGACAACGACAGCGGAGCCAACCACAACAACCCUCCUCCCCACAACCCCAGUACCAACAACAACAACAAUAGCUACAACAAUAACCAUGGCACCAACGACUGUUCCGGCUGAAACAACGACAGAACAGACAAUAGUAGAAGAAGACAACGAUUUAGGAAGCGGGUACCUGUUCUACAGAGUAGAGGACGGUCCGGAGAGUUCCGGGUUCGGGUGUCAGGACCUGGACUGUUCCCUGAGCUGCGCGGGAGGCUACAGGGAGGACGACUACGGCUGUGAGAUAUGCGCGUGUAAAGAUGAAGUGCCAGUGGAACAGAACAGGCUGUCCCGCCGUCUGCCCACCUUCUGUCAGGAGCUGACCUGUGACCUCCACUGUCCCCAUGGUUACCGCACAGACGACUAUGACUGUGAGGUCUGCGAGUGCGAACCGCCCGGCACAGACUAUGCCGUAUCGUUCCGAGCAGCGCAGGCCCAGACGCCGAUCUGCCGGCCGCCCGACUGUGAGUGGAUGCACUGUGACUGGGGUCUGGACCAGGACGAGUCUGGGUGUGAGGUCUGCCGCUGUAGAGAAGACCCAGACCGCCGCUGCCGGCGCACGUUCCAGGCGGGCGUCAGCAAGUGUUUCGACGACUUUCAGAGGACGUCACAGCGGAACGUCCAUAACGACCCACAGGAGUACUGCAGGUAA